AUGGCUUCAUUCUCAGACUCCGACCUGCAAACCUGUCCUCUCUGCAAGGAGCUCUGCGGCUCCUCCUCCACUCCUAUUUCCUCCAACUCCUCCACCUCAUCCUCCUCCUCUCAUUCCUCCUUGUCGUCCUCCUCCUCCCGGCGCCUCCAUGUUCUCCCCUGCCUCCACGCUUUCUGCAGGCAGUGUCUGGAGGGCCAGCGCAGCCCUGGGGACCCUCUCAAACUCUGCUGCCCCACCUGCAAUCAGAAGGUCUCCAUCUCCGAAGCCGGAGUGGACUCCCUCCCUUCCUCCAACUUCCUCUUCAGUAACCUUCUGGACGUGGUGGUGAGCACCGAGGAGCAACUCCAACUCGGCCAGAAUACGAACGGCCACCACCGGGGGGUCGGUGUGGGCUCCAUACCCGGGUUCCACCACCCCCACGGCGGGCUCCUCCGCCCACACCGCCUGGGAGAGCCCCAAUGCAGCUCCUGUGACGAGGGGAACCCGGCCAGCUCCCACUGCCUGGACUGCCAGGAGUACCUGUGUGAUAACUGCGUCCGCGCCCACCAGAGGGUCCGGCUGACCAAGGACCACUUCAUCGAGAGGCUGGCUGAGAGCCUGCACCAGCACCAAGCGGAUCGAGGCAAGGCCAGCCCCAUCGGAGGAGUUGGAGAAGGAGGGGGAGGUGUGGGCGUCUCCCUGGCCCAGUCCUUUCACUACAACUUCUCACUGCUACCUUUGUUCCAGGACAGGAUGAGCUUCUGUCAGAACCACGACAACGAGGUAGGGACACACACUUGCACACACAUACACACACACAUUCAAAUGAUAAUGAGGUCUGGGCCUAGAGUAUAUGGCACAGGAGGUAGUGCCUUCACUCUGUGGAUCCACAGGGUUUCUGGGUUGAGCACUGCUUCACUACGCUGUUCUCCCUAAAUCACUACGCUGCAGCUAUAGGCUUAGUCCUUACAGCUGGUCUUCAUAUGGCCAUAGGUGUGGACUUUAGACCCUCUCACAUUAGCACUCUGUGCACACACACACACACUCACACACACACAGCCAUGUCAAAAACAAACACCAACAUAAACUGUUUAAAGCCCAGCAGUUCUGUCUGUAAUGCCAGCUAGUUGAGUGAUACCAGGCAGCCUUACCCCUGACCCCCUGGUACCACAGUGUAAUAGCAUUAUCUGUGUAGUAACCACACACACACACACCACACAAACACAGUGUAAUAGCAUUAUCUGUGUAGUAACCACACACACACACACACACCACACAAACACAGUGUAAUAGUAUUACAGUAAGUGUGUCGUAGCCAGGGCCUUACGGAGGGCCAUAUGGCCUGGAGUUCAAAGACGAGCUCAGUGGCUUUUCACCUACUUCCCUGGAGACACAGGCAGGCAUGUGCACUGUACACACCAGUCAGAGGGAGAGGCAUCUCAAUCCACAUAUGUUUCGCUGACAGCAUAGAACCCAUAGGCAGAGGGAAGAGAAGACUAGUGGCUCGGCGAGGGAGUAGAGAGGGCGACCAAUAAAAACAUUUUAAAAAAACAUGCAACUGGAACUUGGUUACUGUGAUAUCUGUAGUGGUCAAGGAGAGACAUUCCACAAGAGCAACAUUACUUAAAAGCAAGUCUUCGUUGUCCUCACUCAUUAUUAUAGGUAUUGUUUACCAGAUGGCUUCUGUUGGAGGGAGUGACUCACACACACACAUACAUCAUAUACACACACAUCAUACAUACACAUAACAUUGCCAGUAAGGGCUCUGUUUUCCAGUAAUGACUCACUCAAUGGUGUGUUUGAACUGUGAUGUCUCUGCCUCUAGUCCUCCAGCUGAUGAUUAGUUCUAGUGUUCAUCUUCCUAUCUCACCCCUCCUCUCACCCUGCCUCACCCCUCCUCUCACCCUACCUCACCCCUCAUCUCACCCUGCCUUACCCUACCUCUCCUCUCACCCUAUCUGACCCCUCCUCUCACCCUGCCUCACCCCUCCUCUCACCCUGCCUCACCCCUCAUCUCACCCUGCCUUACCCUACCUCUCCUCUCACCCUACCUCACCCCUCCUCUCACCCUACCUCACCCCUCAUCUCACCCUGCCUUACCCUACCUCUCCUCUCACCCUAUCUGACCCCUCCUCUCACCCUGCCUCACCCCUCCUCUCACCCUACAUCACCCCUCAUCUCACCCUGCCUUACCCUACCUCUCCUCUCACCCUAUCUGACCCCUCCUCUCACCCUGCCUCACCUCUCCUCUCACCCUAUCUGACCCCUCCUGUCACCCUGCCUCACCCCUCCUCUCACCCUACCUCACCCCUCCUCUCCCUGAGGGCAGAUACACACACAGUGACCCAGUUCUCCAACCUUUCCCUACACACUGGGGUCUGUACGCAGAUGAGGAAGAUCAGUACAAAGAGGAAAAGUUCCCCUUUGAUCUAUAGAGACUCUGGACCACCAUCAACCGCACUGACCAGAUGGCUUCACACACACUGCCCCCUUUCCAUGCACAUACAUUCGCAAACACUAUAUGCACAAGUAAAAAUGCACACAAACACACACACACACUCACUAUAUGCACACACACACACACACUAGACACAGACAAACUAGACACACUCACACACACACGACACACUGGAGUUGGAGGCAGGGGUUGGGGGUAGAGUUGAGUAGUGUAAAGUGUUGGUUGGUUGGUAUUCAAGUGGGGAUGGUCUCUUCUUUUACAGGCCAAUGUGGAAUGUGAGUUGUUUGGAAAUGGACAGCUAUGUGUCUAGUGUGUGUGUGGUGUGUGUGUGUGUGUGAGCGUGCACUCACACACCACACACGUGUAACCGACUCCCCUCUUGGAAGUCUUGGAUUGGAGAGUGGGGAAUGUUUGGGGGGUGGGGCAGAAAAUCUAGUGUCGGGAAUGCUGUUUGUCCAGAAUACACACACACACACACCAGUACGCAUGAGAGUGAAGCCACCUACUACUCCUCCUGUAAGUUGCUCUGGAUAAGAGUGUCUGCUAAAUGACUUAUACUAAACAAAAAUAUAAACCCAACAUGCAACAAUUUCAACGAUAGUUACAGUUCAAUUGAAAUAAAUUCAUUAGUGUCUAAUCUAUGGAUUUCACAUGACUGGGCAGGGGCACAGCCAUGGGUGGGCCUGGGAGGGCAUAGGCCCACCCACUGGGGAGCCAGGCCCAGCCAAUCAGAAUGAGUUUUUCCCCACAAAAGGGCUUUAUUACAGACAGAAAUACUCCUCAGUUUCAUCAGCUGUCCGGGUGGCUGGUUUCAGACGAUCCCGCAGGUGAAGAAGCCGGAUGUGAAUGGCCUGGGCUGGCGUGGUUACACAUGGUCUGCGGUUGUGAGGCCGGUUGGACGUACUGCCAAAUUCUCUAAAACGAUGUUGGAGGCAGCUUAUGGUAAAGAAAUUAACAUUCAAUUAUCUGGCAACAGCUCUGGUGGACAUUCAUUCAGCAUGCCAAUUGCACGCUCCCUCAAAACAUGAGAGGUCUGUGGCAUUGUGUUGUGUGACCAAACUGCACAUUUUAGAGUCCCCAGCGCAAGGUGCACCAGUGUAAUGAUCAUGCUGUUUAGUCAGCUUCUUGAUAUGUCACACCUGUCAGGUGGAUGGAUUAUCUUGGCAAAGGAGAUAUGCUCACUAACAGGGAUAUAAACAAAUUUGUGCACAAACUUUGAGAGAAAUACGCUUUUUUUUUGUUGUGCGUCAUGAAACAUGGAACCAACACUUUGCGUUUAUAUUUUUGUUCAGUGUAAAUAUAAAUGUAAAAUGUAACAUCUCGCGAGAGAAAGGGAGAGUUUGAAUUCCACAGACUAGGUCUCACUAACUCUACCUGUUUGAAAACUUUGUCAAAAUGUUAGUGAACAAAUAUGCAUACGAAUGAUUUUAAUCAUAUUCCUCACAACUGAUCAAUGACUCCAUACUCUAUAGCCCUCAAACUCAACUCUGGACCUCGAAGCCAGUUCCACUGCGUUUUGUCAUUGUUCCCCUCUAAUCAUGAACUGAUUUAGACCUGGAACACCAGGUGGGUGCAAUUAAUUAUCAGGUAGAACAGAAAACCAGCAGGCUUCGGACCUCAUAGGGUAAAGGUUGAAUACCCCUGCUCUAUAGUGAUAUCUAUUGAACAGAAAGUCAUUGUGAUGUCAUUGUGUUCCUUGCUGGUCUGAAUAUUUGCCAUGGCUAGAGUUUCUCUCCUAUUUCUAUGUGUGUAAUAUGAUUUCAUGCUUUUAAUUCACCACUAAGACACAAAUUCCAAUAUAAAUGAAACUUCUGCAGCUUGGGAAUGGGUAAUAUUAUGUUUUAAAAAUAGGGCUCACUACUAGUCCAAAUAAUGAUUUCAGUUGGUCAGAUUGAUUUAUGGAUUCAUUGCAGGAUAAAGGGUUUGCCGUUAGAAUGUUGUUGUGCUUUAUAGUUAGUCGUCAUGGUGGUCAGCUUGUCUGUGGUCAACAUCUUUUCCGUUAUAUGAUAACUACUUGGUUGGGUAAGAUGGAGUAGCCCACACACUGAGGGGAUUAGAUUAAUGCCCCGGGUGAACCGGGUUAGCUUUGAUUGCAUUGGUUUUGGAACCGGGCGGAAUCCCGGCCGUGAGCCAGUUACCCCGUUUUGGCUGACAAAACAAAAGUGACCACAAUAGGUGAAGCAGUAAUGCAGGAGUAAUGAGUAGGAUUCUGGGUUUUCACAUGCUUUAUCUGCCUUCCCAAUACAAACUAGUUUGAAAAUUCAAACAUAUGUUUUAUAUAAAAUGUUUCUUAAUGACGCAUGCCUUGUUGACAACAUGACCGAGCGGCGCAGAUUACUGCUUGAUUUGAGAAGGGCGCUCUCCUCCCUCACCGCUUUUGCCCAUUCACAUCACCGGCCAUAGCCCGGUGCACCGCGUUUCAGCUUUAUCAAACUCCCUUACUGAUAAGCGUGUGUGUGCGUAUCUGUCAGAUCCCUGUCAUCUCUUCUUCUCAUGGGCUCUGUCAUGCUGUGUAAGCAAUGUUGAUGGAAAAUUGGAUGUGUACACACACACACACAGCUCUGUCCAAAGGAGGAGCUAUGCUAUUGAAAUGUCGUCAUUAUUUUCACCCCCAGCACACACACUUCCCAUCUCUGGGUCUUUUUUUAGCUGAGGGUCAGAGGUAAGGGGUGAAGGGUCACUGGGUUAGGCUGGGGGAGGGACAGACACACACACACACACACAAAAUCUGCACUAUACGGAUGAGGCCAAAGAUUUUAACUAAUCGGUUUCAUGCCCUCUCCCCCUACCCCCUCUGUCCCAUGGGAGGUAGGUUUUACACAUGGGCCUAUUGUUUUAAUGAAGAGGAGUGUCUUUGCAUUGUAGCUCAGUGUAACACCCAUUUCCACAUCAACACACAAGUCACUCUCAUUGUUACUCUUUCUUCACACACCUCCCCCAACCUCUCUCCAUUUCCUUGUCUACUGGCUGAUCAGUAUGUUCAGCUACUACUACUACUGGUUGUUAGGCUAAAACCAGUUCUAGAGAAGAAAAAAAAACACUUACACACACACACACAUUUUGCAUAACACCCGCUAUAACAUCUGCUAAACUGUGUACGCAACAAAUACAAUUUGAUUUGAUACACACACACCAUUGUGUUGAUGGUGCCCAGCAGGAUUGGAUUGCAGCUAUCUGGCCUCCCACAGAGUCUAUUUCUUUGUCGCACUGAAAUUAUUCCCCAAGAGAACGACUGGCUUUAGGUUCCUACUGCCAGAACACGAUCAGAGAGAACACAUCAGAAAGGAGAGCUUUAUCUGACAAACACUCACACACACACACACACACACACACACACACAGUCAGUUUGUGAGGCCUUAGGAGGAAACUCGACCCAAAGCUGAGACCGAUACAAGAGCAAAGGAAUUCCCGUAACUCAAUUUGGGCCUCCUCAAGCUCUCUCACACACACACACACACACACACACACACACACACACACACACACACACACACACACACACACACACACACACACACACACACACACACACACACACACACACACACACACACACACACACACACACACACACACACACACACACACACACACACACACACACACUUAUAUAUAAAAACACACAAAUACACAUCUGGGAUUUCCCCAGCUCUCUGCAGUUCUGUGUUUCUCAUCAGCAGUAUGUUGAAGACAAUGGUGAUUAUUCCUUCAUAUGAAGGUGAUGGAGGGGCUGUUGACUGUCAAUACACCUCAUUGAAUAUACCUUUCUGUCUGGCCUGGGUGUGUUUGUGGAGGGCAGGCAUUGAAGUUUCAGAGUUUCUCCUUCUUUGUGUAUCUUCCAUCUGUGGGCAUUUAUCCUCUGAAGAUGUGUGUGUGUGUGUGUUUCUGAGCGGCCAGCAGAGUUAGAUUAUGUGAAGUCGGAAUUCCAGGGUCUUAAUUCACAACAUGUGCUUCACAAUUAGAGAACUGCCCCAAUGUGUGCUUGCUCGUGCGUGUGUGAGUGAGCGUAUCUGUGUGUGUCCCUUUGUUGCGUUCCCCUCUGACAACACAACUUAUUUUCUGUCUUAGAGAGCUUCUUUCUUCUUAGUCUACUCUCUUCUUCUUUGUCAUCAUUUCUUUAACCUGGUGAUCUCAUCGGGAUUAAAAACAUUGUCAGUAGUUGUUUGUGUCGUUGGUGUGUACACACACUGUCAUUAAUAUGAAGCUUAUUUAUAUCGACGGCAUAUUUUUCUGUGUGCGUCUCUUGCGUGCAUAUGUGUGUACUAUGAUACUCUUUGCACACCGAGGCAUGCACUGACUUGGAAGUGUCAGCUUCCUUGUGUAAGCAGGACACUUCCAUGUACGGGUCACUCUCUUUAGGCAGACACGCUGGCAUGUGUGUUGUGCCUAUGAUGUGUGUCUGUAUGUAUGUGUGUGCAUGUAUGUAUGUGUGUUUAUGUGUGUGUGUGUGUGUCAGGUCUCAUUGUGUCACUGUGAUGGAGGAUAUCUGCCUGACCCUUGACCUUACAGACACAGCUCCUACACACACAUGUCAGACAAGUAAAACAAAAUACCUACCAGCUGCUUCAGUACUCUUUCACACACCCAACUUUGCUCCGGCAACUGAGUUAGGAAGGACGCCUGUAUCUUUGUAGCGACUGGGUGUAUUGAUAAGCCAUCCAACUGAGUUAGGAAGGACGGCUGUAUCUUAAUAACGUCACCAUGCUCAAAUGGAUAUUCAAUGUCAUGUAUUUUUUUACCCAUCUACCAAUAGGUGCCCUUCUUUGCGAGGCAUUUGAAAACCUCCCUGGCCUUUGUGGUUGAAUCUGUGUUUGAAAUUCACUGCUCGACUGGGGGACCUUAUAGAUAAUUGUAUGUGUGAGGUACAGAGAUGAGGUAGUCAUUCAAAAAUCAUGGUAAACACUAUUGGUAACACUUUACAAUAAGGUUCCAUUUAUAAAGGGGUUAUAAUUACAUUAUUAACUGUUAUUUAAUCAUUUGUAAAUGCAUCUUUUCAUUUUGUAUUAAUUUGCAAACAAUUCUAAAAACUUUGACUUUAUGGGAUAUUGUGUGUAGAUCAGUAAUACAAAAUAUCAAUUUCAUCCAUUUUAAAUUCAGGAAUAAAUUUAGAAAAUGCUGUAAUGUAACAAAAUAUGGAAAAGUGAAGGGGUGUGAAUAAUUUCUGAAGGCACUGUAUCUUAAGGCACACCUAUAUACAAUAAAAGCAACAUACAUUUAGAAUCAAGCCAUGAAUAAAUACAUGAAGGUGUUAGAAUGGUGUGUGUGUGUGCACGUGUGUGUGCACCGCCACACCAGAGGCAGGUACAGUGCAUUCAGAAAGUAUUCAGACCCCUUGACUUUUUCCACAUUUUGUUACGUUACAGCCUUAUUCUAAAAUUGAGGACAUUCAGAGACUUGUCCCGAAGCCACACCUGUGUUGUCUUGGCUAUGUGCUUAGGGUCAUUGUCCUGUUGGAAUGUGAACCUUCGCCCCAGUCUGAGGUCCUGAGCGCUCAUCAAGGAUCUCUCUGUACUUGACUGUAUCCUGACUAGUCUCCCAGUCCCUGCCGCUGAAAAACAUCCUCACAGCAUGACACUGCCACCACCAUGCUUCACCUUUCGGGAUGGUGCCAGGUUUCCUCCAGAUGUGACACCUGUCAUUCAGGCCAAAGAGUUCAAUCUUGGUUUCAUCAGACCAGAUAAUCUUGUUUCUCAUGGUCUGAGAGUCUUUAGCUGCCUUUUGGUAAACUCCAAGCGGGCUGUCAUGUGUCUUUUACUGAGGAGUGGCCACUCUACCAUAAAGGCCUGAUUGGUGGAGGGCUGCGGAGAUGGUUGUCCUUCGGGAAGUUUCUCCCAUCUCCACAGAGGAACUCUGGCUCUGUCAGAGUGACCAUCGGGUUCUUGGUCACCUCCCUGACCAAGGCCUUUCUCCCCCAAUUGCUCAGUUUGGCCGGGUGGCCAGCUCUAGGAAGAGUCUUGGGGGUUCCAAACUUCUUCCAUUUAAGAAUGAUGGAGGCCACUGUGUUCUUGGGGACCUUCAAUGCUGCAGACAUUUUUUGCUACCCUUCCCCAGAUCUGUGCCUUGACACAAUCCUGUCUCUGAGCUUUACGUACAAUUCCUUCGACCUCAUGGCUUGGUUUUUGCUCUGACAUGCACUGUCAACUGUGGGACCUUAUAUAGACAGGUGUGUGCCUUUCCAAAUCAUGUCCAUUCAAUUGAAUUUACCACAGGUAGACUCCAAUCAAGUUGUAGAAACAUCUCAAGGAUAACCAAUGGGAACAGGAUGCACCUGUGCUGAAUUUCGAGUCUCAUAGCAAAGGGUCUGAAUACUUAUGUAAAUAAGGUAUUUCAGUUUUUUAUUUUUAAUACAUUUGCAAACAUUUCUAAAAACCAGUUUUUGCUUUUUCAUUAUGGGGUAUUGUGUGUAGAUUGAUGAGGAUUUUUAUUUAUUUAAUCAAUUUUAGAAUAAGGCUGUAACAUAACAAAUGUGGAAAAAGUCAAGGGGUCUGAAUACUUUCCGAAUGCACUGUAAGUUAGUCAGACUCCCUCUCUCUAUACCCUCACCCUUUCCUCGCUCUCCUCCCUCUAUUCCUCACUCCCCUUUUCCCUGCAUGCCUCCUACAAUCCAUAUCUGGAGGCAUAUGAGGAACUGUACCUUGUAACUAAUGUGAGAUCUGUCCAGUCCUGUACAGUUAUCAUCAUACCUUUCUGUCCAUCUUUGUUAUUGUUGACCCUGCUGGGCUGAGGCAUGCUAACAAAGAAACAAGUCCUUACAGCUUGUGGCAGAGUACACGUUUGCGUUGGAGUGUGCGUGCAUGUCUGUGUAUGAGACAGAGAGGGAGGAAUGGAAAGAAACUCUAUCCAAAUCCAAUUUUACAGCCCUCUAACCAAUUGUACUAUUAUGUGUGUUUUUUCACGUUAUUUGUCAUUUAUUCUGUACAUAAUGUUUCUGCCAUUGUCUCUUAUAACCAAAAAGAGCUUCUGGAUAUCAGGACAGCGAUUAUUCACCUCGUAUUGGACAAAGAUUUUUUCUUCAACGAGGCGACCGCGAAGGAUAUCCUACAGACACCCGACAAGGCCCAAAUUCCCGUAAUUCGCAGGAGAAAGAGACUGAGAUAUCGUGGACGUAGGUCGGGGUGCCUCGUAAGGAUCCGACGGCGAGCGAGUAAACUGCCUCUUCCAUCAAUCCUAUUAGCCAAUCUUCAAUCAUUGGAAAAUAAAUUAGAUGACCUACGAUUACGCUUAUCCUACCAACAGGACAUAAAAAACUGUAAUAUCUUAUAUUUCACAGAGUCGUGGCUGAACGACGACAUGGACAACAUACAGCUAGCGGGCUAUACACUACAUCGGCAGGAUAGGUCUGUGUAUAUUUGAAAUAACAGCUGGUGCACAAAAUCAAAUACUAAGGAAGUCUCGAGGUUUUGCUCGCCUGAGGUAGAGUACCUUAUGAUGAGCUGUAGACCACACUAUUUACCAAGAGAGUUUUCAUCUAUAUUUUUCAUAGCUGUCUAUUUACCACCACAAACCAAUGCUGGCAUUAAGAUUGCACUCAAUGAGCUGUAUAAGGCCAUAACUAAACAGGAAAACGCUCAUCCAGAGGCAGCGCUCCUAGUGGCCGGGGACUUUAAUGCAGGGAAACUUAAAUCCGUUCUACCUAAUUUCUACAAGCAUGUUAAAUGUGCAACCAGAGGGAAAAAAAUCUCUAGACCACCUUUACUCCACACACAGAGACGCAUACAAAGCUCUCCCUCGCCCUCAAUUAGGCAAAUCUGACCAUAACUCUAUCCUCCUGAUACCUGAUUAUAAGCAAAAACUAAAGCAGGAAGCACCAGUGACUCGGUUAAUAAAAAAGUGGUCAGAUGACGCAGAUGCUAAGCUACAGGACUGUUUUGCUAGCACAGACUGGAACAUGUUCCGGGAUUCUUCAGAUAGCAUUGAGGAGUACACCACAUCAGUCACUGGCUUCAUCAAUAAGUGCAUCGAUGACGUCGUCCCCACAGUGACCGUACGUACAUACCCCAACCAGACGUACAUACCCCAACCAACUUUUAAGCAGGUCAACAUUCACAAGUCCUCAGGGCCAGACGGAUUACCAGGACGUGUACUCCGAGCAUGUGCUGACCAACUGGCAAGUGUCUUCGCCGACAUUUUCAACAUGUCCCUGACUGAGUCUGUAAUACCAACAUGUUUCAAGCAGACCACCAUAGUCCCCGUGCCCAAGGACACUAAGAUAACUUGCCUAAAUGACUACCGACCCGUAGCACUAACGUCUGUAGCCAUGAAGUGCUUUGAAAGGCUGGUCAAGGCUCACAUCAACACCAUUAUCCCAUUAUCCCAGAAACCAUAGACCCACUCCAAUUUGCAUACCGCCCCAACAGAUCCACAGAUGAUGCAAUCUCUAUUGCACUCCACACUGCCCUUUCCCACCUGGACAAGAGGAACACCUACGUGAGAAUGCUAUUCAUUGACUACAGCUCAGCGUUCAACACCAUAGUGCCCUCAAAGCUCAUCACUAAGCUAAGGACCCUGGGACUAAACACCUCCCUCUGCAACUGGAUCCUGGACUUCCUGAUGGGCCGCCCCCAGGUGGUAAGGGUAGGUAACAACACAUCUGCCACGCUGAUCCUCAACACGGGGGCCCCUCAGGGGUGCGUGCUCAGUCCCCUCCUGUACUCCCUGUUCACCCAUGACUGCAUGGCCAGGCACGACUCCAACACCAUCAUUUAAGUUUGCCGACGACACAACAGUGGUAGGCCUGAUCACCGACAACGAUGAAACAGCCUGUAGGGAGGAGGUCAGAGACCUGGCCGUGUGGUGCCAGGAUAACAACCUCUCCCUCAACGUGACCAAGACAAAGGAGAUGAUUGUGGACUACAGGGGAAAAAAAAGAGGACUGAGCACGCCCCCAUUCUCAUCAACGGGGCUGUAGUGGAACAGGUUGAGAGCUUGAAGUUCCUUGGUGUCCACAUCACCAACGAACUAUAAUGGUCCAAACACACCAAGACAGUCGUGAAGAGGGCACGACAAAGCCUAUUCCCCCUCAGGAGACUGAAAAGAUUUGGCAUGGGUCCUCAGAUCCUCAAAAAGUUCUACAGCUGCACCAUCGAGAGCAUCCUGACUGGUUGCAUCACUGCCUGGUAUGGAAACUGCUCGGCCUCCGACCGCAAGACACUACAGAGGUUAGUGCGUACGGGCCAGUACAUCACUGGGGCCAAGCUUCCUGCCAUCCAGGACCUCUAUACCAGGCGGUGUCAGAGGAAGGCCCUCAAAAUUGUCAAAGACUCCAGCCACCCUAGUCAUAGACUGUUCUCUCUGCUACCGCACGGCAAGCGGUACCAGAGCGCCAAGUCUAGGUCCAAAAGGUUUCUCAACAGCUUCUACCCCCAAGCCAUAAGACUCCUGAACAGCUAAUCACGGCUACCCGGACUAUUUGCAACCCCACCCCAUCUUUUUACGCUGCUGCUACUCUGUUAAUUAUUUACGCAUAGUCACUUUACCUCUACCCACAUGUACAUAUUACCUCAACUACCUCAAUUAGCCGGUGACCCCGCACAUUGACUCUGCACAGGUACCCCCCUGUAUAUCGCCUCCCUACUGUUAUUUUAGUUUACUUCUGCUCUUUUUUUCUCAACACUUUUUUGUUGUUGUUGUUUUAUUUGUACUUUUUUAUUAAGAAAUACAUGCAUUGUUGGUUAAGGGCUGUAAGUAAGCAUUUCACGGUAAUGUCUACACCUGUUGUAUUCGGUGCAUGUGGCAAAUACAAUUUGAUUUGAUUUGAAUUGAACUUGUGAACUCUGUAUUCAGAGAAAUACUCUAUGUAAAAUAUUCUUAGCCCUUGUGGACAAAUAGUAGUAUUCAGAGCUCGUCUUAUAUGAUGUGUCCUCCCGUCAGUUACAGUCACUGGUCCACUUGUUUCACAAGUUCUCUGUUUUCAAUCAGGGUAUAGAUAUAGCUGUGGUAUCUGGGGCUGUGUCAGAUUUGUUAUUCAGAGAAAAGGACUCAAUUACCCAUUUCAGACAGAAGAUGUGGUAUACUACCUCUAAAAAAUAUAAGGCAAUGAUAAAAGAAUGGCGCCGGACGGGAUGGCUGCCGUUUUAAGGACUCCUAACCAAUUGUGCUAUUUUGUGUGUGUUUACGUAUUGUUUGUAACUUAUUUUGUACAUAAUGUUGACGCUACCGUCUCUUAUGACCGAAAAGAGCUUCUGGAUAUCAGAACAGCGAUUACUCACCUCGAACUGGAUGAAGAUUUUUUCUAUAAUGAGUCUGACGCGAAGGAUAUAAUGUUGCUCCCAGCCAAGGCCCAAAUCCCCGUCAUUCGCAUUAAGAAAAUGAGGAAAUACAGGGGGCGCAGAUCAGGGUGCCUUGUGAGAAUUCGUCGGCGAGUGGGUAACCCGCCUCUACCAUCCGUUCUAUUGGCCAACGUGCAGUCACUGGAGAAUAAACUGGAUGAGCUCCGUUCGAGACUAUCCUACCAACGGGACAUUAAAACCUGUAAUAUCUUAUGUUUCACUGAGUCGUGGCUGAAUGACGACACAGAUAAUAUACAGUUGGCUUGGUUUUCCGUGCAUCGGCAGGACAGAACAGCUACGUCCGGUAAGACGUGGGGUGGGAGUGUGUGUCUAUUUGUCAAUAACAGCUGGUGCGCGAUGUCUAAUAUUAAGGUAGUCUCGAGGUUUUGCUCGCCUGAGGUAGAGUACCUCAUGAUAAGCUGUAGACCACACUAUCUACCAAGAGCGUAGCCGUCUAUUUACCACCACAAACUGAAUCUGGCACUAAGACUGCACUCAACGAGUUGUAUAAGGCCAUAAGCAAACAAGAAAAUGCUGAUCCAGAAGCGGCGCUCCUAGUGGCUUUAAUGCAGGCAAACUUAAAUCUGUUUUACCUCAUUUCUACCAGCAUGUCACAUGUGCAACCAGAGGAGAAAAAAAACUCUAGACCACCUUUACUCCACACACUGAGACACAUACAAAGCUCUCCCUCGCACUCCAUUUGGCAAAUCUGACCAUCAUUCUAUCCUCCUGAUUCCUGCUUACAUUGACUUGCUCAAUAUGGAGGUGGUCAGAUGACGCGGAUGCUACGCUACAGGACUGUUUUGCUAGCACAGACUGGAAUAUUUUCCGGGAUUCAUCCAAUGGCAUUGAGGAGUAUACCACCUCAGUCACCGGCUUCAUCAAUAAGUGCAUCGACGACGUCGUUCCCACAGUGACCGUACGUACAUAUCCGAACCAGAAGCCAUGGAUUACAGGCAACUACCGCACCGAGCUAAAGGCUAGAGCUGCCGCUUUCAAGUAGCGGGACACUAAUCCGGACGCUUAUAAGAAAUCACGCUAUGCCCUCAGACGAACCAUCAAACAGGCAAAAUGGUAAAUACAGGACUAAGAUUGAAUCCUACUACACCGGCUCUGAUGCUCGUCGGAUGUGGCAGGGCUUGCAAAGUAUUACAGACUACCAUGGAAACCCAGCCGCGAGCUGCCCAGUGACGCGAGCCUACCAUACGGGCUAAAUGCCUUUUUUAUGCUCGCUUCGAGGUAAGCAACACUGAAGCAUGCAUGAGAGCACCAGCUGUUCCGGGCGACUGUGUGAUCACGCUCUCUGUAGCCGAUGUGAGCAAGACCUUUAAACAGAACAACAUUCACAUGGCUGCGGGGCCAGACGGAUUACCAGGACGUGUACUCAGAGCAAUGCGCGGACCAACUGGCAAAUGUCUUCACUGACAUUUUCAACCUCCCCCAGACCGAGUCUGUAAUACCUACACGUUUAAAACAGACCACCAUAGUCCCUGUGCCCAAGAAAGCGAAGGUAACCUGCCUAAAUGACUAUUGUUGGUAGCCAUGAAGUGCUUUGAUAGGCUGGUCAUGGCUCACAUCAACACCAUCAUCCCGGAAACCCUAGACCCACUCCAAUUCGCAUACCGCCCCAACAGAUCCACAGAUGACGCAAUCUCAAAUGCACUCCACACUGCCCUUUUCCACCUGGACCAAAGGAACACCUAUGUGAGAAUGCUGUUCAUUGACUACAGCUCAGCAUUCAACACCAUAGUGCUUUAAUCUUUUACUUUUUUACUUUCGUUUAUUUAGUAAAUAUUUUCUUAACUAUAAUUUCUUAAAACUACAUUAUUGGUUAAGGGCUUGUAAGUAAGCAUUACACCUGUUCGGCACAUGUGACAAAUAACAUUUGAUUUGAUUCGAGUGGCGCAGGGGUCUAAGGCACUGCAUCGCAGUGCUAGCUGUGCCACUAGAGAUCCUGGUUCGAAUCCAGGCUCUGUCGUAGCCGGCCGCGACCGGGAGACCCAUGGGGCGGCGCACAAUUGGCCCAGCGUCGUCCAGGGUAGGGGAGGGAAUGGCCGGCAGGGGAUGUAGCUCAGUUGGUAGAGCAUGGCGUUUGCAACGCCAGGGUUGUGGGUUCGAUAAAAAAUAAAUAAUGUAUGUGCUAACUGUAAGUCGCUCUGGAUAAGAGCGUCUGCUAAAUGACUAAAAUGUAAAUGUAAAUUUGAUAUGAUGCCCCUUAUAAAAAAAAAAAAUUAUGGGGUAGAUCAGCUUUAAUAUUGCAGAUAGAUUGUAACUUCCAUUAAUGUAAUUGUCUGCAAUUCCCCAUAUGUUUUUUUCCUGCAAAUAUAUAUACAGUGGGGGAAAAAAGUAUUUAGUCAGCCACCAAUUGUGCAAGUUCUCCCAUUUAAAAAGAUGAGAGAGGCCUGUAAUUACACGUCAACUAUGACAGACAAAUUGAGAAAAAAAAUCCAGAAAAUCACAUUGUAGGAUUUUUUAUGAAUUUAUUUGCAAAUUAUGGUGGAAAAUAAGUAUUUGGUCAAUAACAAAAGUUUCUCAAUACUUUGUUAUAUACCCUUUGUUGGCAAUGACACAGGUCAAACGUUUUCUGUAAGUCUUCACAAGGUUUUCACACAAUGUUGCUGGUAUUUUGGCCCAUUCCUCCAUGCAGAUCUCCUCUAGAGCAGUGAUGUUUUGGGGCUGGGGCUGUCGCUGAGCAACACAGACUUUCAACUCCCUCCAAAGAUUUUCUAUGGGGUUGAGAUCUGGAGACUGGCUAGGCCACUCCAGGACCUUGAAAUGCUUCUUACGAAGCCACUCCUUCGUUGCCCGGGCGGUGUGUUUGGGAUCAUUGUCAUGCUGAAAGACCCAGCCACGUUUCAUCUUCAAUGCCCUUGCUGAUGGAAGGAGGUUUUCACUAAAAAUCUCACGAUACAUGUCUGUCAUAGUUGACGUGUACCUAUGAUGAAAAUUACAGGCCUCUCUCAUCUUUUUAAGUGGGAGAACUUGCACAAUUGGUGGCUGACUAAAUACUUUUUUCCCCCACUGUACACUACCAGUCAAAAGUUUUGACACACCUACUCAUUCAAGAGUUUUUCUUUAUUUUUACUAUUUUUUACAUUGUAGAAUAAUAGUGAAGACAUCAAAACUAUGAAAUAACACGUGGAAUCAUGUAGUAACAAAAAAAGUGUUAAACAAAUAUUUGAGAUUCUUCAAAUAGCCACCCUUGAUGACGGCUUUGCACACGCUUGGCAUUCUCUUAACCAGCUUCAUGAGGUAGUCACCUGGAAUGCAUUUCAAUUAACAGGUGUGCCUUAAAAGUUAAUUUGUGGAAUUUCUUUCCGUCUUAAUGCGUUUGAGCCACUCAGUUGUGUUGUGACAAACACAAGAUACAGAAGAUAGCCCUAUUUGGUAAAAGAUCAAGUCCAUAUUAUGGCAAGAACAGCUCAUAUAAGCAAAGAGAAACGACAGUCCAUCAUUAUUUUAAGACAUGAAGGUCAGUCAAUAUGGAACAUUUCAAGAACUUUGAAAGUUACUUCAAGUGCAGUCACAAAAACCAUCAAGUGCUAUGAUGAACCUGGCUCUCAUGAGGACUGCCACAGGAAAGGAAGACCCAGAGUUACCUCUGCUGCAGAGGAUAUGUUCAUUAGAGUUACCAGCCUCAGAAAUUGCAGCCCAAAUAAAUGCUUCACAGAGUUCAAGUCACAGACAUAUCUCAACAUCAACUGUUCAGAGGGGACUGUGUGAAUCAGGCCUUCAUGGUCGAAUUGCUGCAAAGAAACCACUACUAUAGGACACCAAUAAGAAGGUCGGUUAAGACAUCUACUUUGUGCAUGACACAAGUAAUUUUUCCAACAAUUGUUUACAGACAGAUUAUUUCACUUAUAAUUCACUGUAUCACAAUUCCAGUGGGUCAGAAGUUUAUAUACACUAAGUUGACAGUGCCUUUAAACAGCUUGGAAAAUUCCAGAAAAUGAUGUCAUGGCUUUAGAAGCUUCUGAUAGGCUAAUUGACAUCAUUUGAGUCAAUUGGAGGUGUACCUGUGGAUGUAUUUCAAGGCCUACCUUCAAACUCAGUGCCUCUUUGCUUGACAUCAUGGGAAAAUGAAAAGACAUCAGCUAAGACCUCAGAAAAAAAAUUGUAGACCUCCACAAGUCUGGUUCAUCCUUGGGAGCAAUUUUCAAACGCCUGAAGAUACCACGUUCAUCUGUACAAACAAUAGUACGCAAGUAUAAACACCAUGGGACCACGCAGCCAUCAUACCACUCAGGAAUGAGACGCGUUCUGUCUCCUAGAGAUUAACGUACUUUGGUGCGAAAAGUGCAAAUCAAUCCCAGAACAACAGCAAAGGACCUUGUGAAGAUGCUGGAGGAAACAGGUACAAAAGUAUCUAUAUCCACAGUAAAUCGAGUCCUAUAUCGACAUAACCUGAAAGGCCGCUCAGCAAGGAAAAAGCCACUGCUCCAAAACCGCCCUAAAAAACCAGACUACGGUUUGCAACUGCACAUGGGGACAAAGAUCGUACUUUUUGAGAAAUGUCCUCUGGUCUGAUGAAACAAAAGUAGAACUGUUUGGCCAUAAUGACCAUUGUUAUGUUUGGAGGAAAAAGGGGGUGCUUGCAAGCCGAAGAACACCAUCCCAAACGUGAAGCACGGGGGUGGCAGCAUCAUGCUGUGGGGGUGGUUUGCUGCAGGAGGGACUGGUGCACUUCACAAAAUAGAUGGCAUCAUGAGGAAGGAAAAUUAUGUGGAAAUCUUUAAGCAACAUCUCAAGACAUCAGUCAGGAAGUUAAAGCUUGGUCGCAUAUGGGUCUCCAAAUGGACAAUGACCCCAAGCAUACUUCCAAAGUUGUGGCAAAAUGGCUUAAGGACAACAAAGUCAAGGUAUUGGAGUGGCCAUCACAAAGCCCUGACCUCAAUCCUAUAGGCAAUUUGUGGGCAGAACUGAAAAAGCGUGUGCGAGCAAGGAGGCCUACAAACCUGACUCAGUUACAGCAGCUCUGUCAGGAGGAAUGGGCCAAAAUUCACCCAACUUAUUGUGGGAAGCUUGUGGAAGGCCACCCAAAACGUUUGACUCAAGUUAAACAAUUUAAAGGCAAUGCUACCAAAUACUAAUUGAGUGUAUGUAAACUUCUGACCCACUGGGAAUGUGAUGAAAUAAAUAAAAGCUGAUUCUCUCUACUAUUAUUCUGACAUUUCACAUUCUUAAAAUAAAGUGGUGAUCCUAACUGACCUAAGACAGGGAAUUCUUACUAGGAUUAAAUGUCAGGAAUUGUGAAAAAAACUGAGUUUAAAUGUGUUGUCAUAUCUUUCAAACUGUGCUCUUUCACAAAAGUUCUCAACCUAUAACCUAUAUACUUAUUAUGGACACAGUAUGUUUUUCAUUAGUUAUUUUGUUGUUGUUAGUUGUUAUUAGUUGUUAUUAGUCCCAACCUUCAGCUCCAUUCAACCCCUCCCAUCUAUCUCUUAACACCAUCCAUAUUGGAUUUCUAUUUGCCAUAUAUUUUUCAACUGUACUGUGAUGUUUCACAAAAGUUCUGAACCCUUCUGUUCUCAUUGUUUCUACAGAUUGUAAAUUGAAAAUAAUUGUUUUUGCUAAAAGUAUUAUUAUAUUAUUGAUCGAUUGACUAAUACGUUUCAGAUCACCCAGUAGUGCUAUCUGCAGGGUUAGCUCCAGGUAAAUAUUGCAGUCCUUCAGCCAUUCCUGGACCUGUGACCCAAAACAAGCUACAAAUGGACAGUACCAAAACAAAUGAUCUAAUGAUUCUGUCUCUUCGCAGCAAAAUCUGCAGAGCUGGGAAGAUUGUAUUCCCCAUAUAAAUAACAUUCUAUUGGUAGCAAGAAUUUUGUACAAUAAUUUAAAUUGAAAAAUUCUAAGUUUUGAAUCCGGCGUCGUUUUGCGUAUCAGUUCAUAAACAAUUUGCCAUGGAAUCGGUACGUCAAAAUCUAUUUUGCAAUCUAUAUGGGACGGCUGUCAAUCCUUUGGUUUUUAAAUGAAACUGGUAUACUUUUUUAUUUAUCACUUUCUUGCAGGUACACCCCUUUUAUGGGGGGUGGGGGGUGUUGUUAAACCAUGGGGGCUGUUUUGCAUUUCAAAUUAGGGAGGUGUUAAACAAUAGAAGUAUAAAUGAAUUGACCUGCUAAAAAGCAGAGAACCAUUCACACAGACCCAAUGCCUGUAUUUUGGUUACAGGGUCUGUGAAAAUGCAGGAAUCAUGACUAGGUCUUUAGUGGGGUUUUAAAUUACCCUGUUUUUUUUUGUUUUUUUUUACCACAUACCUCUUUCAGAUAUACAAAAAAGCAGGCAUGGUAAAUUAGUGGCAUUUUGGUCUGUGUAUGAAAGGGAUAAUGUGAAGCAGUCAUGGCUGUUCUACAAAAAUGUAUUUUUACAGUGUUUCUCCAAGGCAGGUAGAGUUUCUGACACCAUGGUGUGAUGUUACUGGCUAUUCAACCCCCUCCCCCGUAUCCCUUUGGCUACAAGGAAUGUGAACUCCGGUCCUAACUACCACUACAAUGCUAUUGCUAACCUUUAUAUUUGUUUACCAGAGAGCUAGCCACCAUGCUUGCUAACCUUUUUGUUUUAUAAACCAGAGCGGUAAUAGCCACCAUACUGCUAACCCAUUAGCUUUCUUUACCAGAGAGCUAGCAACCAUGCUAACCUUAUAGCAAACCAGACAGCUAGCCACCAUGGUAAAAUUUAGCAUUGUAUACCAGAGAUAGCCAUUAGCCACCAUGUAAAUUGUUUAGCUUUAUGUUACUGUUAUUAUUCUAAUUUGAAACAAGGAGGUUUAUGUGUGUGUGUGGGGGGGGGCAUGUCCGGUGCACUAAUGAAAUACAAUAACUCACUUCCCUGUAGCUCUGCUUCACUGAAAGGGUUUUUAUGAAUGUGUGUGUAUAUGAGCGAGCGUGUGUGACAUCCAUCCCCUUCCCAGAAGGCCCCCAGGCUUCCCAGUCCACAACCCAUUUCACACACCUUUCAUGUUUUCCUGCCUCUGGUGUGUGUGUGUGUGUGUGUGUAUUUACGUGGGUUUAUGUGUAAUGUGCCCGCUUACGUGGGUGAGUGUAUGUGUGACAUGCAGGCAUACAUAGAAGGUCAAAUAUGUGUCAUUCUCUCCUGUCAUUAGCAGUUGUAUCAUCGCACACCAAAGGGGAGGCAGAUAGCCUAGCAGUUUAGAGUGUUGGGCCAGUAACCGAAAGGUUGCUGGUUUGAAUCCCUGAGCCAGCAAGGUGUGAAAAAUGCCCUUCUACCCUUGAGCAAGGCGGUUAACCCCCAACAACAACUGCUCCCCAGGCGCCAUGGAUGUUGAUUUAAGGCAGCCCCCCGCACCUCUCUGAGUUAGAUGUGGAAGACACAGUUUGGUUGAAUGCAUUCAGUUGUGCAACUGACUAGGUUUUCCUUUUCCCAUAGGACCUUUUCUUUCUUUUAAAAUGGUAAUGCUUUAUUGGGACCUGAGAGCUGAACACAGGGAGCAGAGAAUAGAGCCUGGUCUUGGCUUUAUGACUUUAUGGUCGAGGGUCACACAGCCUGCUUAGAGGGGUCAUAAACAGUUAUAAAGCCUGCAUAAAACAGUUACAAUGGCUAUACAGAAGGACAGUGGUUGUGAUCAGGAGUAGAUUGGGGUGGUGAGUGUGCAUGACUCUGUGAAUGAUUUGUCUCUAAAGGCCUCCUCUGGUUCUAGAAUGUUCUGUGUAGAAUUUACAACCCCCGUUAACUUGGUAGCACACCUAUGAUGUCAGCUUUUCUCUGAAACAUAUCUUGUUUUUCAUGUUUCUGUGUCAUGUGCUUUCUGUGUGUUAGUUGUUCUCAACGCGUGUGUGUGUUAGUUGUUCUCAACGCGUGUGUGUGUGUUAGUUGUUCUCAACGCGUGUGUGUGUUAGUUGUUCUCAACGCGUGUGUGUGUUAGUUGUUCUCAACGCGUGUGUGUGUUAGUUGUUCUCAACGCGUGUGUGUGUUGUGUUGUCACUCAGGCUCAUGGAAUGCCUAGAGAAUUUGUGUGUGUUUGUUUAACUAUCCUUGUCCCCUGUAGCUCAGUUGGUAGAGCAUGGUGCUUGCAAUGCCAGGGUUGUGGGUUCGUUUCCCACGGGGGGCCAGUAUGAAAAUGGAAAUGUAUGCACUCACUAACUGUAAGUCGCUCUGGAUAAGAACGUCUGCUAAAUGACUCAAAUGUACCAGAAGUGCUGACAAGGAUAGUAAAACAAGGAAAAUUCGGUCAAGUGGGUAAAUUUUUUGGUCCCCACAAGGAUAGUGUGUGUGUGUGAUGUAUUCUUGGAGGCUAUGAAUCUGGGGAAUUGCUAGUAGAUCCUGUGUGGGUCAGUCAAUAAUAUUAAAUCCAUUCCAGGUGUUAUGUAAUCCACAAGAAACCCCAGCCGUGUGUGACUCAUUGUUGCAGCUGACAUGAUAGUGGUGGUGAAGUCCCUAUAGUAAGUGUCUUUAUACAACUGGCCAUGUAGUCUAGCUACAGUGAAAACAUGACAACACUGUUCUCUCUAUAAGUCUCUCUUUUGUAGGUAAAGGGAUCUCAUCUCAACAUCGCAACCAUGCUUGACACAACAAUGGUCAAAAUCCUUUAGCCAGUUUCUGUCUCUUCUCAGAAAAGCAAAACUUUUUUGUUGUUGUGUCUAAUGAUCAAUGUAAGUAAAGGAAUGCUGAAUGCUCAAUUAUUAUGUUGGUUUUUCCUCCUUCAUAUUGAGAUAUCAAAGUAGUUUUUUUGGCUAGUCCAAUCUAUCGGAGGUCUUUGAAAAAAGUGAAAGAAAAACAACAUGAUAAGAAGAGUGAAGAGCAGAUGCGUUUUAGGAUCUAAUGAUCAAGAUGAUUCAGCUCAUUGGUUGGAGAUUGAAGACUUUCUCUCCUGUCUGACCCUCACCCCUCCAUCUAUAAUCAGCUGCAUUCCAUCCUUUUGUUCUGCCCUCCCCUUGGAAUUUUGGAGCGGUUGAAGGGGGGGGGGGGGGGGGGGGGGGGGCUGGAGGAGGAGAAGAGAGGGAUCGAGGAGAGGAGAACAGGAAGGGAGUAGCAUAAAGUAAAGGAGGGUGUGUGUGAGUCAUUAUAUCAUGCCUCCCCUGGGACCGGAGCCAUUAUUGAUGGAUUGAUUGCUGUUCCCACCCCCCUCCGCUCUACUCACAUUGGACAACAUUGAUCCCUGUCGCUCCAGGAUUUGUCGCUCAGCGCAUAUUUAAUGAGUCUUUUGUAACCAAUCACAGUGUAUAGGAGAUUUAGGUCAUUCUAAUGGUUACGUGUGACUAUCAAUGAGUCAGAAUUAAAACCUUUUUAUUUAUUUUGUAUUUAUUUCAAUGUGUUGAAAUUACAGAUUUAUCAAUGCAUUUUGUUAUGAUCAGUUGAUGAUGAUCUUUUUGGAAGGUUUCACUUAGUGAGUCAGUUUCUCGAAACCCAAUGUAAGCUUAUAUGUGUGUACGUGUGUGUAUGUGUGCGGUGUGUGUGUACUAAGCCCUCUUAUUGGUGUAUUGAUCCAUAAAGCCCCAUAUAGCCCUGUCUCAUCUCACUGUCAGCCCUCUGAGCCUGAGGAGGACCAGGGGUUGUGUUCAAUCAAACAGGCACUGCAGCAUUUACAUGUCAACACACCUCAUAGUCAAUAAAAAAACAAUCUCCCAAUGGUUUCUGGUCUCAUACACUCUUCCAUGACAAUUAAUACUUAACAUAUUAAAGCACUUAACCCAUUAGAAAACUAUAUAUUAUAUAUUUGAUAAUGUUUUGAUAGCAUGAUUUAAUGAACUCUCUCUCUCUCCCGCUCUCGUUAAGGUGUUUCUGUUUUUCUGUGAGACGUGCUCGGUGCCUAUCUGUAGGGAGUGUAGUGUGGGCAGACACAUGGGCCACAGCUUCGUCUAUCUACAGGACGCUGUCCAGGACUCCAGAGCCAUCACCAUCCAGCUACUGGCCGAUGCACAGCAAGGAAGACAGGCUGUACAGGUGAGUGUCUGUCUGUGUGUGUGUCAAAUCAAAUCUAUCAAAUCACAUUUUAUUUGUCACAUGCGCCGAAUACAACAGGUGUAGUAGACCUUACCGUGAAAUGCUUACUUACAAGUCCUUAACCAACAAUGCAGUUUUAAGAAAAUAAGAGUUAAGAAAAUACACAGUCCCGUGUAGCUCAGUUGGUAGAGCAUGGUGUUUGCAACGCCAGGGUUGUGGGUUCGAUUCCCACAGGGGGCCAGUAUGAAAAUGUAUGCACUUGCUAACUGUAAGUUGCUCUGGAUAAGAGCGUCUGCUAAAUGACAAAAAAUGUAAAAGUAACACAAUAAUGAGGCUAUAUACAGGGGGUACUGGUACCGAGUCAAUGUGCAGGGUUGUUUUUGUCCCAGCACCAGUUUAGAAAUGUGGGAUAUUCUGCAUAUCACCCACACACUCCUCUCUAGACCUCACUGUAGCAUGGGGUUAGAUGUAGCCAGCUGGCCCUGGGAGGGGUUGGGUCGCCUGGGGUGACGGGUGUAGGGGGUAGGGCUGGGGGUCGGCAGAGAAUGGCAUUUACCCAAGUUACGCAUGUGAAAGAGAGGAGGUGAGGGGGAGGAGGUGAGACAGGGGGAGAGAGAAGAGGGGAAGUUAAAGCAGGACGAGGGGAGGGGAAGAGAGGGGAUGAAUAAAGGGGAGACGGGUAAGACGGAGGAAGGGAGAGAAGAGGAGGAGUAGGGGAGAAGAUGGGUGUUACUGAUAAUGCUAGAUAAUAUCUAUUCAGCCAUGGUGUUGAUACCCAUGUCCUCCCACACAGACACGUGUUCACUGACAAGCAGCUGGCACUGAGACUGAGAAAAACCGAAUCAAAUUCUAUUGGUUGCGUACAUACAUAGAUUUGCAGAUGUUAUCGCAGGUGCAGCGAAAUGCUUGUGUUUCCAACUCCAACAACGCACUAAUAUCUAGCAAUAAUAAAAUAAACAAAAUAAACAAUACACACAUAAUAAUUAAAAAGAUAUAGAUAUUAGAUCGAGCAAAACUUUUACACAUAAAUAGUAUUCUAUUCAUUCUAUGGGUUUAGGAAAUAUUUCCUUUAAGAAACGUUGCCUUUAUUAUUGUACAGUGUUGUGUUAUUAGUAAUGGAUUUUGAGAGUAGGUUCGCCUAAUAGUACCAAAGGGUUAACUGUUAAAAACAGUUACUGAUGUAAUCACUCUGACUGACACACAUUCUCUGAAUGUCUACUGGAGACUGCAGAGUUAUGUUCACUCCCUCUGAACAGUUGAGAAUGGUUUUGAAACAGAUGGGUAUGUUGCUGAAUGGGAUGCUUUGUUAUAGUACUUUCUGGAAACCAGAGUUACCAGGAGUUGUGAGAUGUUAUGUAACCUCCCUUGAAGGUUGGUCAAUGUUGUGAACCUCGACCCUGGAAGGUGUGUGUAAAGCCGGGUGUACAGUAGACAACUCUCAAAAUCCUAAAAUUGCUGAGCCUCUCACAUUAAACGACCAUCUUUCCUGUAGUUUUUUUUUUGUCUUGCCAACAUAGUGGUGCGCACACUAAACAAUGUGGCACAGACGGUGGUCACUCACUACAAGAUCCUUCACUUGGUCGUGAGGAUUCUCCAUACCAUGCUGUCUCGUUAAAACAAUGAUGUGAUGAUGUGAUUAGAUUUAACGUAGCUACAACAAGCUGUGGCUCAAAGCAGCCUCAGAAAUAUUUUCAGUCAGACAUUCACGCUUGCCAUACAGAGUUGAAAUAUCUAGCCAACAUUUUGAAUUGAAUAACAUUGCUUGUGGACUUCAGAACGAUUUGACACAUUGGCUUUGGCAAGUACAAACGCAUACUCGUAGUAGUCAUCGCUCCUGCUCGAGAGUCUACACAUUCUGGGUGAUGCAAAACAAUGUCAUCAUCUCACUGGCUUCUCUGGCAAGCUCUCAUUGGCUAUGUCUGAUUACCGUUCUCAAGACGUGUCUUUGCACAUCUCACGCUACAAGAGUAUUGCAGAUUUUGUGCCGAUAAAAUCAAACAUGUUUGAAAAUAUUGGGACGUCUGGGACUGCUCAAAGACGAGAUCUGUAGCCCACAGAUUGCGUCUCAUUAAACGAGCGUCGGUGACGGCCGCUCGCCCGAGUAGGCAAUGACAUGGGGAUUUUGUCUCCAAUCUCAAAAACUAAAUCGGGACCAACAUCGUGUAGUGUACACCUGGCUUUAACCUGGUCAGGACUCAGCGUAACCCUGAAACACUAUCUAGUCCAGCAAGCCAAGCCAAGGUUAUGUUAUGUACGUCAUAAGAGGAGUCCACAUUAUCAUCACUCUACAACUAGUCCCUCUCUCUAUAUCCUGAUACAGACCUCGGACAGGCACACACACACAUAAACACACCACCUCUGUACCAGAAUAUUUCUGCCCACUCCACAUCCAUUAUCUCCUCAGACCUCCGACCCUGAACUUGUGACCUGCUGGUUGGCCGGAGCUGCCUUACGCUGCUUCUGAUUGGUCAAUUUUACCUCCUGUGUCCCAAGCGGACACAUUUACCAUGAUCAGCCAUAUGGACGCUUAACAGUUAAAACAUACAUUUGAAAAAAUAACUUUUAGUCAUUUAGAAGACACUCUUAUCCAGAGCGACUUACAGUAGUGAGUGCAUACAUUUGCAUACUGGACCCCCAUGGGAAUCGAACCCACAACCCUGGUGUUAAGUGCCAUGCUUUACCAACUGAGCCACACAGGACUAGGACCACAUACUGUAUCUCCUAGUUCAUUCAUUCAAUGUCAUUUGUGUUACACAUUUGAGCUUACAAUUAGUCCCAAAUCUCUCUCUCUCUCUCCUAUUACUCUCUUGCUCUCUCUUUCGCCCCUCUCUCUUCCCCCCUCUCCCUCUCUUUCUCUUUCUCUGUCAGUAUUGAUAAAGCCAUUCCCCUCCUCCCUUCCUGCUGUUGUCUCCAGGGGUCCUGAUAUAGCUGACCCUUUAGCUGCCCGUCCCAAACGGCCAGCGGGAGAAGAAAGGACCCUGCUGUCAGGCUUUGUUCCCCAGGGUGUGGGUCUUUAGCCAUGGGUCAGGGGUCAAUGACCUCAGGGGGAUUUAAGUGACCUUUGACACCCCACUCCAGGUGAUGUCACAAAGGAGCCCCUCCCCCUGGCAGUGUGAGGUCCAACUCACCCCUGACCCCCAAAAUGAAGGAGGGAGAGGUACAGACUGAUAAAGAGAGAGAGUGGAGGAAAAGAGUGAUAAACAGAGGGGGAAGAGUAAGGAGAGGGGGAAAAGAAAUGGAGGGAGGGAGAGAGAGAGAGACAUAAAUGACAAAUAUUAUACAAAACAUUAAGGACACCUGCUCUUUCCAUGACAUAGACUGACCAGGUGAAUCCAGGUGAAAGCUAUGAUCCCAAAGUGACACUACUCCCUCUACUGUCGCUUAUCUUCCUACUCACACUCAUUGACUUCAAAGGCCACUGCUCAUGUUGAGUAAGAUCUGCGAAGUGAGGAGUUGGGAACUACCACCUAUGUUAGGAGGGAUGUAGUGUCAUUGUGUUGUGUGAGGUUAUGUGCUAUUCCUGACCCCCAGAUAUCCUGUGUCCUGUCUACUUUCUGAAUUUUAGUAUGUCAUAACAGAGCAGGUGUCUGGUCACAUGAGAGGGUGAUGAUGUGUUAUAGAGUGUCUUUAAAGGGGCACUGCAGUUGCUACAUCCAUUUUUGUACACAUUGAUUCUUGAAAAAUAUAACUUAUAAAUAAAUGCCUCAUGAGCUUAGUUCAACUGUCAUACACCAUCAGAACCCAAAAUAUAAGCUUGUUUUACUCCACUGUUUGUAAACAAAGUAAAUGUAAACAAACACUGUAUAGCCUCAAAACAUGGUUAAAUCUAUACUUUUGAUUCCAUGGAUGGUCAGUCCUUUUCUCUACAGCUCUGUCUAUACUUUUGAGAGUGUUUACAUUUCUCCAGCCCUAUCCCUCAGCUUUUUACCGAAUGCUUUGUUAUUGUUUUAACUGCGGAUUGCACCUUUAAGUCAUAUUUCCUGGCCACUUCCUGUUUCCUGCAUGAUAUAGUUGAUAUUCCUGUGUGGAGUUGACUAUGGACCAACCAGGAGGUGGUGUGUGAUUGUUCAAACCCCCUGUUAUAUUCUAUUACAUCUACUGUAGCUGAGUAUAUGGAGAAGUGUGGUAUUUCUAACCUUGUUAGUUCUUGUUCAUCUGAGAAUGGAGAAAGUCCAGUGGUCUUGUAUGAUAUUUCUAACCCCGGUCAGUUUGACCCUGUACUAUCAUGUUCCCCUGUUAUAGCUGAGUAUGGAGAACGUGCAGGUGGUGUUUUGUCAAAUCUCUAACCUGUUAUUUAUUGUAUUGCCCAGGUCAUAGCAGAGCAGCUAGAGAUCAAGACCAAGGUGGUGGUGUGUAUUAUUUCUAACCAUGUAAUAUCGUGUUCCUGUGUUCUAGCUGAGUAUGGAGAAAGCCCAGGCCAUAGUGGAGCAGGUUGAGAUCAAGGCCAAGGUGGUUCAGACAGAGGUGAAGAACAUCAUCCUCAGACACAAGAAAGCCCUGGAAGAGAGAGAGUGUCAGCUACUCUGGAAGGUAAGUAUUUUAUUUUCUCCAUCUGUGUGUGUGUGUUCCUCUCUGCUCUCUGCUCUCCACUCUCUCUCUCUCUCUCUCUCUCUCUCUCUCUCUCUCUCUCUCUCUCUCUCUCUCUCUCUCUCUCUCUCUCUCUCUCUCUCUCUCUCUCUCUCUCUCUCUGGUUUACAUGGUUAGUGGAAUGAGUGGAAUGGUAUCAAAUACAUCCAACACAUGGUUUCCAUGUGUUUGAUGCCAUCCCAUUUGCUCCGUUCCAGACAUUAUUAUGAGCCGUCCUCCCCUCAGCAGCCUCCACUGGUGGGAAUCUAUUUACACAUCUAUAGACACAUUGUGCUGGUUCUACAUGUCUGCAUACACACCUAACAGUGUAGUGGAGUAUUUGCAUGUAGCUGGAAUGUGAGGUGUGGUAUGUUGGAUUUUUACACGUGUGUUGCCUGACACAGGUAUGACUAUGUGGCCUCAGAACCAGGAAGCGUGACCUGAUUCUCCCUGUCCACCCACAUGACUUUACUAGUGCUUUGUGUGUGUGUGUGUGUGUGUGUGUGUGUGUGUGUGUGUGUGUGUGUGUGUGUGUGUGCGUGUGUGUGUUUGACUCAUGACUCAGCCAGUGUUUACGAACCUCUCUCUUUACCUGGCCUAAAUGCAGAGUGAAACCUGACCCAUUGAAGAUUCAAUAACAAACAGGGUAAACUGUACCUAGUAUCUCCAGGCUCUGAUACACAACUCUCUCUGACUCUGAAGAGGAAGUCUUGGAUUUAGAAUCAGAAUGGGCUGCUGUUGGAGCUCAAGAAUAGGAUAUAUCAACUCAUGUGAAACCCAGAGAGCCAGUGGUAAAACAUGCAUAUAUUCACAAACAAGUUAAAGGGACAUUUGAUUUGAUUUGAUUUGAUUUAAAGGGAAAUGUCACAAUUUUUUAUCUUCAUAUUCAUCAUCUCCAGCACCACCCAAACAUCAACAUAUGUAAAAAAAGGCACAUUUCUAUGUUUUGUAGAAAAAAAGAUAGAGGAAGAUAAAUGUUUCCAAUGACAUCAUCCGUGUACAUCAUGUAAUUUUAACCAAUUAUGAGUAGGCAUUGCUUACUAAUUCCUAUAUUUUUUACUACAAAACAUAGAAACGUGCUAUUUUCACAUUUGUUGGUAUUGGGAUGGUGCUGGAGAUCAUGAAUAUGAAGUUGAACAUUUGAGAAAUGUCCCUUUUAAUAUGCAGAAUACUCAUAUUUGUGUGAGCGUGUAUGUUUGUGUGUGUGUUCGAAAGGUGCAGGGGCCGGAGAGAGGAGAUCAUGGUUUUAAUCAUGUAAUCAAAGGACACAGCUGGUCCGCCACACGCCCCCACACACACCCUUCCCUUCAUGUUUUAACCUGUCAGAGGUGGACCCAUAGCUUUAACCUGAUCCUCACCAGUCUACCAUUAAAACCAACCUUUACUCAUAGCCUUCCGCUAGCACCAUAAAAACUACAGCUGCUGGCGGUGUGUGUGUAUGAAUGUGUGUGUAUGUACAGUGGGGAGAACAAGUUUUUGAUACACUGCCGAUUUUGCAUGUUUUCCUACUUACAAAGCAUGUAGAGGUCUGUAAUUUUUGUCAUAGGUACACUUCAACUGUGAGAGACGGAAUCUAAAACAAAAAUCCAGAAAAUCACAUUGUAUGAUUUUUAAGUAAUUAAUUUGCAUUUUAUUGCAUGACAUAAGUAUUUGAUACAUCAGAAAAGCAGAACUUAAUAUUUGGUACAGAAACCUUUGUUUGCAAUUACAGAGAUCAUACGUUUCCUGUAGGUCUUGACCAGGUUUGCACACACUGCAGCAGGGAUUUUGGCCCACUCAUCCAUACAGACCUUCUCCAGAUCCUUCAGGUUUCGGGGUUGUCGCUGGGCAAUACGGACGUUCAGCUCCCUCCAAAGAUUUUCUAUUAGGUUCAGGUCUGGAGACUGGCUAGGCCACUCCAGGACCUUGAGAUGCUUCUUACGGAGCCACUCCUUAGUUGCCCUGGCUGUGUGUUUUGGGUCAUUGUCAUUCUGGAAGACCCAGCCACGACCCAUCUUCAAUGCUCUUACUGAGGGAAGGAAGUUGUUGGCCAAGAUCUCACGAUACAUGGCCCCAUCCAUCCUCCCCUUAAUACGGUGCAGUCGUCCUGUCCCCUUUGCAGAAAAGCAUCCCCAAAGAAUGAUGUUUCCACCCCCAUGCUUCACGGUUGGGAAGGUGUUCUUGGGGUUGUACUCAUCCUUCUUCUUCCUCCAAACACGGCGAGUGGAGUUUAGACCAAAAAGCUCUAUUUUUGUCUCAUCAGACCACAUGACCUCCCAUUCCUCUUCUGGAUCAUUCAGAUGGUCAUUGGCAAACUUCAGACGGGCCUGGACAUGCUCUGGCUUGAGCAGGGGGACCUUGCAUGAGCUGCAGGAUUUUAAUCCAUGGCGGCGUAGUGUGUUACUAAUGGUUUUCUUUGAGACUGUGGUCCCAGCUCUCUUCAGGUCAUUGACCAGGUCCUGCCGUGUAGUUCUGGGCUGAUCCCUCACCUUCCUCAUGAUCAUUGAUGCCCCACGAGGUGAGUUCUUGCAUGGAGCCCCAGACCGAGGAUGAUUGACCGUCAUCUUGAACUUUUCUAAUAAUUGCGCCAGCAGUUGUUGCCUUCUCACCAAGCUGCUUGCCUAUUGUCUUGUAGCCCAUCUCAGCCUUGUGCAGGUCUACAAUUUUAUCCCUGAUGUCCUUACACAGCUCUCUGGUCUUGGCCAUUGUGGAGAGGUUGGAGUCUGUUUGAUUGAGUGUGUGGACAGGUGUCUUUUAUACAGGUAACGAGUUCAAACAGGUGCAGUUAAUACAGGUAAUGAGUGGAGAACAGGAGGGCUUCUUAAAGAAAAACUAACAGGUCUGUGAGAGCCGGAAUUCUUACUGGUUGGUAGGUGAUCAAAUACUUAUGUCAUACAAUAAAAUGCAAAUUAUUUACUUAAAAAUCAUACAAUGUGAUUUUCUGGAUUUUUGUUUUAGAUUCCGUCUCUCACAGUUGAAGUGUACAUAUGAUAAAAAUUACAGACCUCUACAUGCUUUGUAAGUAGGAAAACCUGCAAAAUCGGCAGUGUAUCAAAUACUUGUUCUCCCCACUGUAUGUGUGUGUGUGUAUGUGUGUUCAUGUGUGUUAGAUCUGGGAUGAUAAACCAGAAAUUAUCGACACUGACCAAAUGGAUCACUUAUCGCAGGCAUUUUGCUGAUAUUGUUCAUUGAGUAGCCACGAUAAAUAGCCUAUACAAGAGAAAUGUGACAUGUGAAAUGAAAUACAUUUGCUAAUAUGUGUGAUUGUUAAUGGGACAAUUUAUGGCUACAACCAUCAAACUAGUAGUAGUAGUUUAAAAUAUCUUUAAAAAAAACAACUGGUUUAUCACAUCAAUUCAGGCAGUUUAUCGCGAUAUGGAUUUUUGUCCAUAUCGCCCAGCUCGUGUGUGUGUGAGGUCAGAAGAUCAUACAGGAGGUUUUCACUUACCGUGGUCUCUCUUUAAAGCCCUCAUAUAUACCCACAGAACCCAGCUUCACUUUUCUCUCCUGAUAAAGUCAUUAAAGGCUAACCCCCUUACACACACACACACACACACACACACACACUCUCUCCUUCUCUUUGAAAUCCAAGCAGUCUUUUGUGUGUGUGUGUGUGUGUGUGUGUGUGUGUGUGUGUGUGUGUGUGUGCGUGCAUGUGUGUGAGGGAGAAGGAGUACACCUAAACAGGAGAUGGGGAGAUUUCUGUAGCGUGGUUUAACCAUUGUGCACGCAUGUGUGUGCAAGUCUAUUGUGAGACAGACAGAUCCAGGUUGGGGGCUCCCUCCCGUCUCCGUAACAGGAUUAUCCCUGAUUCAAACCACACUUCUACUUCCAACAGGGUCUAACAAAGACCCCGUCUCUCUUUUAGAUUCUCCUUUGUUUCUGCUAAAAGGUUCUAUUUAACAUAGAACCAGACAGGCUGGGGGGUUUAGUCCUUCUCUUUAACAUAGGAAGAGGUUAGCCUUUUGUUAAGUUUUGUGUAGUAAUGUUGUUAACCCCUACCUCUUUGAACCCCCCUUAUCCCUUCUCCUUCUGUUGAAUGGCCUUUUCAGUCAGUCAGUACUGUCACUGUAUUACCCUUUACAGACAGACUUUACAGUAUGUUGCCUGUAAACAAAACAAAAAAAUCGGGCAAUGUAUUUUAGAGCCCAAUUCCUACAGUCCCAUUUUUACCACCUUCUUGCCAGGAUAAGCCUUUUAUAUCUCCCGUGCACAUGCCGGCAAGUUUAGGAGUGGGAGUAGAUGUGGGCCGAUGUGGGUGGAUGUCUAUUUUAAUAAAACCAUUUAAUAUACACCAUCACAAAGAAAUCCAUUAUUAAUUAGUUUAGGCAAGUCCUAUGAAACAUUCUAAGACUAAUAACAUUUAUUUUCAAAAUAAUAUAAUGGCAUAUAUGUUACUGGUCUGUGCAGUCUAUAGGCUACAUGGCUGCGCAAUGCAAAUGAAAUCAAUAGUUAUUUUGUUCAUUAAACAGACAAGACACACUUAGACUACACUGAUCACAGUCAACAUACAUAUUUUAUAGUAGGCUAAGAAUAUAAUGAAAUAUAACAGGAUAAAAUACAAAUAAUAUUUUUCCCACACAACGUCACGAGAAUCUGUGUAACCUCUGUCAUAUAAAAAUAGUGAUAUUUUGAAACCGAGCCCACGCCAAGCCCAUGCUUUCCUACCCAACUCCGCUUUGUUAGGGAGCAGGCGUAGGGUCUUACAUUUGAGGGUAUCUUCAUCAUGAUACCGAUAGAAAAUAAUAGCAAUCUAUAUUUUCAAAAGCAUGUGAGUCUCGUGUUCAUAUUUCUCAACCUCUGCAGGCUUUUGGAGUUACCUACACGCGAUCGAGCAAAAUAAUAGGCCUACACUUGAUUUAGGCUACAUUAUUGCAUGCUAAAUGUUUCUGAUCAGUGAAAGAUGAGCAAACAUAUAGAUGAGCUAUACCACCUCCACUUAUUUGCCCAGCCAGGAAAUUAACCAAAUAUACAGAUGGAGAUUCAGUGAUACAAAAUCCCAUUGAUUGGUUAAGACAAGUCACAGGCUUUUGGUCGGAAGAAGGCCUAGGGUACUAAGCGACAGAGUGAAGAGCAAAAUAAUCCACUUGUUAAACUAUAUAACAUGCUGGCAAAAUGUUCUGAUCAGUGCUAAUAAAUGAGCCAACUAGACAAGAUGAUCAUGAGCAGCACUCACCUCAGCUUAGCUAACAUUUCUACAGCCUAAUUGUUGCUUAACCAAUAUCCAACUGGAGAUUCAGUGAUUGAUUUAUCAAGACGAGUCCCCACGCUUGUAUCAAAGCAGAGAAAAACGGUUAUGAAAUAGUUUAACACACGCUGGUAGACUAUUGGUUCAAAUGUGUUAUAAAAAUUGGAUGACUGGGAGUUUCAGUAAGCAAUACUUUGAUGCAUUAGCCUGCUUUUCAAUUGCAUUAGCCUACUUUUUUCCAAUAUUUACGCAGUAAUUCUUUAUUGAUCCAUCCAGUUAUGGUCAAGAAAACUGUGCAUGUGGUGGGCUAUGCAAAGAGAUGGGUGAAGUGACAUGCCUCGCAAAGUUUAGAACUGGCAGGAGGAUAGUAGUAACGGGGCGCUGCCUAGCAACCAUCAAGAGCUUAAGAGCGUAGUGCGUGCCAAUGCUGCCUCAGCAUUACCGCUACAUUUCAUACUAAGCAGUAGGCAGAACUUUACCGCAAUCAUGACUAGGUUGGUUGGCGGCAAUACCUUUCAUAUAUAAAGAAAAGUUGGCGGGAUGCUAAAGUUAUUGGAAAAACGUCUUGGUUUGAAAGAUGUACAUGUGUUCCACAGGUCACUAUAACCUGUACACUGAUUUACAUUCUAUACUUUUUGUAAUUUAGAGCAGGGGUCUUCAAACUUUUCUUGCCCAGGGACCCCCACCGAGGCAAACCAGCUACCCAGGGACCGUUUUUCAUUAUUUUGACCUCCCCACAUAUAUAAUUGGAAGAGGAAGUGUCAACUCUAACAUAGCCUAUUAGCUAGAAAGGUAACUCCAAACACAUUUUUGCUAAGAGCAGCAGCUGUUUAGCUGGUUAAACAAAGGUUAGUCAUGUGUUGGCAAAAAUGUAUGUCUAAGUCAAGAAAGCUUACCAAAAGCCAGCUGCACUUGUCCAAUCUGGCCUUCAUACCAUCAUGGCCACCUAAUCAUCACCAGCUUCCAAUUGGCUCAUUCAUCCCCCCCUCGUCUCCCCUGUAACUGUUCCACAGGUCGUUGCUGUAAAUGAGAACGUGUUCACAGUCAACUUACCUGGUAAAAUAAGGGUAAAAUAAAUAAAUACAAAUAAUAAUUGCCGCGACUGGUACUCGCGGUUGCUUUUUCAAAGCCUAUGUCAGAUUCUUCAAAGUAGCCACCCUAGUAGUAGUUUGCAUUGAUAACAGCUUUGCACACUCUUGGCAUUCUCUCAACCAUUUCAAUUAACAGGGGUGCCUUGAUAAUUUGUGGACUUUCUUUCCUUCUUAAUGUGUUUGAGCCAAUCAGUUGUGUUGUGACAAGGUAGGGUUGGUAUACAGAAGAUAGCCCUAUUUGGGAAAAGACCAAGUCCAUAUUAUGGCAAGAACAGCUCAAAUAAGCAAAGAGAAAUGACAGUCCAUCAUUACCUUAAGACUUGAAGGUCAGUCAAUCCGGAAAAUUUCAAGAACUUUGAACGUUUCUUCAAGUGCAGUCGCAAAAACCAUCAAGCGCUAUGAUGAAACUGGCUCUCAUGAGGACCGCCACAGGAAAGAAAGACCCAGAGUUACCUCUACUGCAGAGGAUAAGUUCAUUAGAGUUACCAGCCUCAGAAAUUUCAGCCCAAAUAAAUGCUUCACAGAGUUCAAGUAAAAGACACAUCUCAACAUCAACUGUUCAGAGGAGACUGCGUGAAUCAGGCCUUCAUGGUCAAAUUGCUGCAAAGAAACCACUACUAAAGGACACCAAUAAGAAGAAGAGACUUGCUUGGGCCAAGAAACACGAGCAAUGGACAUUAGACCGGUGGAAAUCUUUCCUUUGGUCUGAUGAGUCCAGAUUUGAGAUUUUUGGUUCCAACCACCGUAUCUUUGUGAGACGCAGAGUAGCUGAACGGAUGAUCUCUGCAUGUGUGGCUCCCACCGUGAAGCAUGGAGGUGGAGGUGUGAUGGUGUGGUGGUGCCUUGCUGGUGACACUGUCAGUGAUUUAUUUAGAAUUCAAGGCACACUUAACCACCAUGGCUACCACAGCAUUCUGCAGCGAUAUGCCAUCCCAUCUGGUUUGCGCUUAGUGGGACUAUCAUUUGCUUUUCAACAGGACAAUGACCCAACACACCUCCAGGCUGUGUAAGGGCUAUUUGACCAAGAAGGAAAGUGAUGGAGUGUUGCAUCAGAUGACCUGGCCUCCACAAUCAACCGACCUCAACCCAAUUGAGAUGGUUUGGGAUGAGUUGGACCACAGAGUGAAGGAAAAACAGCCAACAAGUGCUCAGCAUGUGGGAACUCCUUCAAAACUGUUGGAAAAGCAUUCCAGGUGAAGCUGGUUGAGAGAAUGCCAAGAGUGUGCAACGCUGUCAUCAAUGCAAAGGGUGGCUACUUUGAAGAAUCUCAAAUAUAAAAUAUAUUUUGAUUUGUUUAACACUUUUUUGGUUACUACAUGAUUCCAUAUGUGUUAUUUCAUAGUUGUGAUGUCUUCACUAUUAUUCUACAUUGUAGAAAAUAGUAAAAAUAGAGAAAAACCCUUGAAUGAGUAGGUGUGUCCAAACCUUUGACUGGUACUGUACAUUUGCAGACCCCCUGCAGUAAAUCAUACCCCUGAUUUAGAGCAAAAAAUGUGAGAUUUAACAAACUACUGUUUUCACACUACUGGAGGUUGCCCUUACCCAUAUGAACUAAUCUCUCGCUCUACCCUUCUCCCACUCUCCUCUCCUGCCCCCCCCCCCCCCCCCCCCCCCCUCUCCCAGGUUGAGAAAAUCCGCCAGCUGAAAGCCAAGUCCCUGUACCUGCAGGUAGAGAAGCUGCAUCAGAACCUGACCAAGCUGGACAGCACCAUUGCAGCCGUCACUCAGGUAUGGGAGAAGUUGCAUGUCCCCCUCUGUGGGGGGGGGCUUAAGGCGACCAGGUUUUAAAUACUAUGUUCAAAGGCGUUAAAGUCAUUAUAUGUUGUCUGUGUCUCCUCGCUUCAUAACUUAACAUCAGGUGCUGGACGAGGGCCGUCACCUGGACGUGCUGCUGGCCAGAGAACGUAUGCUGACCCAGAUCCAGGAGCUCAAGUCUCUCAGAGGACUGCUGCAGCCACAGGAGGAUGACAGGUUCAUGUUCAUGCCUCCAGACCAGGUAAAUAACUGCUCUAUGUUCACUCCUCCUGACCAGAGGAGAGGGGUUAGAGAUUUUUGGGCUCUCUGUGCACUCUGAGCCAAUGUUAUUGACUGUUACAGUAAUAGUACAACACUGUUGCCAAAUUUCUCUUUGGACGAAUGGAAGUAUUGACUUGUCUGCGAAUUUCAUGUACAUUAUUUUUCUAUAUCCACUCGUCCAUGACUUAUUAAUAGUAUUAUUGAUGAUAUUAUUCAUGUGAUAUCAUUAUUAUCUCUCCCAGGCCCUGUACAUAGCCAUCCAGUCCAUGGGGCUGAUCAGUAGUGGAGCGUUCGCUACCGUCACCAAAGCUCACGGCGAGGGUCUAAAGACUGCACUCCGCGGCAAGCCUGCCUCCUUCACCGUGAUUGGCUACGACCAUGACGGGGAGCCCCGCCUCUCGGGCGGUGACGCGGUGUCAGCAGUAGUGAUGGCAGCGGCGGAUGGUAACCUGUCGGCUGCGGAGGUGUCUGACCACCUGAACGGGUCGUACACAGUCAGCUACCUGCCCAAAGCAGAGGGAGAAUAUCUGGUGUCAGUUCUGGUCUGCAACCAGCACAUCAUGGGUAGCCCCUUUAAGGUAAAAUGUAUAGUAUUAUUAUAGUUACAACAACCAAAUAAUAUAUUUGCACAUUUCAAUUUUCUAUGACCAUCUUAAGCCAGUGGUUUUUUUUAAGGAACUCAGUCUGUCUUUCAACUUACUCUUGAAAGUUGUAAUAGUAGAAUGCACAACAGGCAGUUUCGAAAUUGGGUAGUGCAUCAUUAGUUUUCCUCUUGUCAUAUCAGUCAUUGCAUACUUUAGAGAGCUAUUUAUAACUUGUCAGAAAUGUCCAGAUCAACUAGCCCAUGUCAGCUAACGUUUUUUAUCUAGGUUUUUUAGCCCAUAGAUUUUGUAGUAAUGUUUGAGUCUCUCAAAUAUCACAUGAAUACACAUUAGACAUGGCUAAAUGUAUCAAAUUGCAAGAUGCAAGAAAAUUUGCUUUAAAACUGCAACAUUUUAUCUGCACCUCAUGACAGAAUGUGUAGAAUUGCAGGAAAUAAGCUUUAAACCUGCAAAAUGUUCUCUCCGCCAACAAGAGGGGUGUGAACAGUUUGUGUCAUGAACAGUGCUUGUGCCCAUAGAAAUAGACGUGGCUCGUGCGCGCGUGCAGGGGGGGCAUGGAUGUUCCCCAAUGCUGGGAGGGGGGCCUGAGUGAAAAAGUUUGGGAACCCCUGUCUUAAGCAACAAGAAAGUAAUUAAACUUUAACAUUGCAGCAAUGUAGAAUGUUAAGUUAGAAUGUUAACAUUCUCCCUGCCUGUGUUCUAAGGUGCUGGUGAAGUCUGGGCGGAGCUACGGCGCCCUGGGGUCCCCGGUGUCUGCGUUCGGUGGUGAGGGGGAGGGGGAAGGGCAGCUGUGUCGCCCCUGGGGGAUCAGCGUGGACAAGGAGGGAUACGUGGUCGUGGCCGACCGCAGUAACAACCGCGUACAGGUGGGUUUCAUUCAUUCAACUGGAAUCCUAAGGAGAAAUGGUUUUAUGAUGCUAGCUAGCUCUCUCUAGCCCUCUCUAGUGAGAACUGAAGCAUAGCGUGUACAGUGGCAACCUAAUAUCACGUUUGAAAAAACAAUGUUCUUCUUCUGCUACUGCUCCUAUCAUCCAGAUCUUUAAGCCGUGCGGUGCGUUCUACCACAAGUUUGGCUCCCUGGGUUCUCGCCCCGGUCAGUUUGACCGUCCAGCGGGCGUGGCGUGCGACAGCCAACGCCGGAUCAUCGUGGCGGACAAAGACAACCACCGUGUGCAGGUGUUCACCUUCGACGGGCAGUUCAUGCUGAAGUUCGGCGAGAAGGGCACUAAGGUAGAAACAAUCAAACAAUCUCACACACACACACACAAACACACACACACACACUCUUACUUACAGUAUACACACACACUUUAGAGCUGAACUAAUAAUGAUAUUCUACUGUACUCUAUUGUAGAACGGGCAGUUCAACUACCCCUGGGAUGUGGCGGUGAAUUCUGCAGGGAAGAUACUGGUCUCUGACACCAGGAACCACCGCGUCCAGCUCUUUGGCCCUGAUGGCUCCUUCAUCAACAAAUAUGGCUUUGAGGGCGCCCUGUGGAAACACUUUGAUUCACCGCGCGGUGUCGCCUUCAACCACGAGGACCACCUGGUCGUCACCGACUUCAACAACCACCGUCUGCUGGUGAUCCGGCCGGACUGCCAGUCUGCCCGGUUCCUGGGCUCAGAGGGAACCGGUAACGGGCAGUUCCUGCGUCCACAGGGUGUGGCUGUGGACCAGGAGAACCGGAUCAUUGUGGCCGACUCUAGGAACCACCGGGUGCAGGUAUUCGAGCCGAACGGGAACUUCUUAUGUAAAUUUGGCAUGCAGGGGAGUGGCUUCGGACAGAUGGACCGCCCCUCCGGUGUUGCUGUGACGCCCGACGGAGUCAUCGUGGUCGUCGACUUCGGAAACAACCGUAUCCUCAAGUUCUGA